UCUGAACAACUUUCCCCAUCAACCAAUUCUACCCAUGAGCUUCCUCGUGCGCCCGCUGCCCACGCAGCAGCCCAAGAAACUAUGCUGCCACAGAACCGUCGCCUACGACAUCUCCAGGGCAUAUACCUGCGCAACCUGAGCUUUACUAGACCUCACGGCAGAGCCGCCGACGAUCUCGACGCAUACCUUCCAUCCACCAAGACCCCAACUUUACACGAUGGUCCGCCGCCUCAGCUUCAUCAUGCUCAUUCCUCCGAGAGUCUUAUAUCCACCAAGGUCAAUGCUAGACGUCGCAGUACUUUGACCAAUGCGAACCCCAUUACCCACCAGAAGCAAUUGGAGUACACCGUCGAGAGUAGAGCUGCUGACGUGUUCUUCUCCCUGCACUGCGACCAAGAUGCUGAACCCUUCUACCUCAGCGAAGUUAGCGAGCGUGCAAUUAACUUCAACUUUCGCUUCUUCGACCUAUCCCAAACCGGCCCUUCUAUUACGAGGGAAUCUCGAUUCAUAAUUAAGAUAUGGGCCAAGCGGCAGCGCAUUUGGACCUUAUUGCUUACCGAACACGUUGACAUGCGCUCUUUGCACUACCUCGGCACCCUACGGAACCACCACUUCCCCCCCAAUUGCCUCGUCUUCCACCUCGUUGAUGGUGUAUAUUCCCUCGAGCUAUCUAGCAAGAAACAUGAACCGAAACAAGCCCCAACCCUACCAACUUCCACUUAUAAUGCCUUGAUGAAACUCUCCAACCUCGACAACUCCAUCCAAGAUGCCCUAGCCACCCGUGAAGCACUUACUGCCCAGAUAAACUCAAUACUCGAGCGAACACCUCCCGAUGCCGUUCCCCAAGCCCAAGAAUCCGCCAUCUUGGCUUCCAAAUACGUCUCCGCCCAGAUGCGUGCCCUCCGGACCGCCCAAGCCCGGCGCGACGAGCUCCAAGCCUCCAUUGAAGCGCGCCGCACCGCCAUCCGGGACGGCCGCGCCGCGCAAGCCCGAGCCUCCGACGACGUCAAGCACGCGCAGUCGAAGCUCCCCGCCUCGCGCGCCCUCAUCGCCACCAACCGCGAAAGCAUCCACGGCCAGCGGCGGCGCGUAUGCGAGGACCUCGCGCACAUCUUCCCCAUCACCCCGAGCCCCUCCGGCGCCCCCCUCUCCUUCAGCAUCUGCGGCGUCCCCCUCCCCAACACCAACUACGACCCCACCCUCUCCACGUCAACCGAGGACUCGCUCUCCGCCGCCCUAGGCUACGUCGCGCAGCUCACACACGCGCUGCAAUUCUACCUCUCGGUCCCCCUCCCCUACCCCCUCCGCCCCUUCGGCUCCCGCAGCAGCAUCCGCGACGAUAUUUCUCUUUUGCCCGACUCCCAGCGCGAGUUCCCCCUCUUCAUCCGCGGCGGCGCCACCGCCCAGUACCGCUUCGACUACGCCUGGUUCCUCCUCAACAAGGACAUCGAGACCCUCUGCGUCGCCUCCGCCGGGUUAAAAGUAGUGGAUAUACGACACACGCUCCCAAACUUAAAGUAUCUUUUGUAUGUCUGCAGCGCGGGCCGCGAGGAGGUGCCCGAGAGGAAACGGGGAGGCGUUAGGGGCCUUUGGGCUGGGAGGCUGAGGAAGACUGGCAGUGGUGGUGGUGGUGGUGGUGGUAAUGCGAGGGAUGACGCCGCGAGUAUAAGUACCGCGGGUAGUCGCCCCGGCAGCGCGGAUAGUGGCGUCAACAAGCAUAGGGAGCAGUUGAUGGGGAGGGUUAUGGGGAAAGAGAAUGGAAAUGGCAGUAGUUUAAGUCCCGUUGCUGGUGUUGGGGGUGAUAGUAGCUUUGGCAGUAGUGCUGGUGGUACCGGAUCACCCGGAAGCAGUAACUCUGUCGUCGGCCUCCCCUUCGACGAAGGCUCUACCAUGCUCUCACUGCGCACGAAGGGGCUGAGGGAGAAUGUUGGGGCUGUUGCGCAGGCUUGAGUUGGGUUGAGUUGAGUUGGGUUUGAAGGGAGGAUGUAAACUGCUUGCUUGCUUGCUCGUUUUGCUUGUGGUCGGUGUUGUAUUAGAUAAGGUACAUAGCCGGAGUGUGGAGUGUGGAGUGUGGAGGAAAAGUGAUCGAACGGUAGAGGGGAGGAAAGAAGAAAGGAAAGAGAGAAAGAAAGAAAGAAAGAAGGAAGGAAGUUAGC